CAGUACUGUAAUUCUUUUCUGUGCUUUAAAAAAUAAUUAAAUUCAGUCCUGUGAAUUCGAAACCAAGUUGUUUUAAUAUUUUGAGCCACGAAGUGUAAUCAUUGGUCAGCUUCGAGCCCAGAUUUGCGCCAGAAAUCAAUAAUCAAGAAGAUUCGCUACAGGCGUGGCUAGUGGCGGUGGAGGUCAUUUGGACAAAGAACUUUGGAAAGAAUUUCAGGAGUGAAUCUCGGACAAAGUCGGUAUAAUUUGUGCCUUAGCCCUUUUGUGUUAAUAGGAUGUUUGUAAAUUUGUUAUUUCAAAGAAAAUUUUGUUCAGUUAGGUUAUGUUGUACAUGUUACAUUGUGAUAAAUUGUAGUGAAAGUUGAACUUAAAACUGUUAAAUUGUGACAAUAUUUCUGCUUAGAUUAAAUAUAUUUUAACAUUCAACAUUAAGUAGCAUGUUUACAGCCAAAUAGAUAUAGACUACACAUUGUAAUAUUGCUUAAAUUUACAAACUAGGUACCUACUUAACUUUAAAGAUUUUUACAAACUUUUGACAUUGAAUUAUUUUAUGAAUUAUUUUUGUUGUUUAGGUGUCUAAGUGUAAAAUAAGAACUUGUUUAUAUAGUUAUUUAAGCGAAUUCUGUAUCAAAUUCCAGGAUUUUACAACCAUCUCCCAAAUAUGGCAGAAAAGGCUGAAAUUGUGAGAGAAAUUGCUGAGUUAACUAAGAAACGAAGCAGUUAUAAAGGUCGGAUCACAAUUUUUUCUGGCUAUUUGAAAUCACUGGACAGUAGCACAGCUUCACCAACUACUAAGGACAUUAGUGAGUUGGAAUUACGCAUAGACAAGCAGAAGCCGGCUGUGCGUAGCGAGAGCACUGAAAGUGUCAGCGCGACUCCCUCCACCACCAAUCCAAGUAAUAACUUAACCUUAUCAGCGAGCGUGUCGUCCGCGAGUCUUAAUGUAAAUAGUCGUCGCGGGGACGUUCUAUUAUCGACUGCGUUAGUUAAGUUAUAUGAUUCAAAUAAUCGCGAACAUAUCGGACGCGCUGUUUUGGAUUCUGGUAGCACUUCCAGCCUACUGUCAGAAAAGAUGUUUCGUCAGUUAAAUCUGCCUUAUAAUCAUAUCGAUCAAUCUGUACUGGGUAUUAAUAAUGCAUCCACGCAUAUUAAUAAAAUGUGUCGUUUACGGUUGAAGUCGUUAAAUGACACAUUUAUGACUAAUUUACAUUGUUUUGUUUUGCCUUCGUUAACAGAUAAUGUACCGUGUCGUUCGCUCGACAUUUCAAAACUCAAUCUACCUACUGACGUUUGCUUAGCGGAUCCUCAUUUCUACGCACCGGCGUCAGUGGAUUUAAUAUUAGGUGCUGAUAUUUUCUGGGACAUUAUAGGAUCGCAAAGAAUUAAUUUAGGCGAUGAUAAACCUACUCUUUGCGAGACUAGGUUAGGGUGGAUAAUUUCUGGCCCGAUGAAUAAUAGAUUUUUUACAUCAUAUCUACCUAACCCUAUUCAAUGUAAUUACGUCAACACUAAUUCAACCACUGAUAUACAAAAUCAAGAUAUACAGAAUCAACUUGCGCGUUUUUGGAAUUUAGAAGAAGUAAAUAUUUCAAAUUUAUCUACUUAUUCACCGGAACAGAAAUUAUGUGAGGAGCAUUUUAUAAAAAACACUACUCGCUUAGAAGACGGUCGUUUUUGUGUGAGAAUCCCAUUAAAAGAAAAUCCUAGUGUUUUAGGUGAUUCUUUACAACGAGCCAAGCAGUGUUUUUUGUCUUUAGAACGCAGGCUUCUUAAACAACCAAAACUUUAUGAAAUGUACCGCGAGUUCAUGUCAGAAUAUCAGUCGUUGGGUCACAUGUCAGAAUGUGAACUUAGUUUGGAUAGUAAUGCACAUUUUAUCCCACAUCAUGGUGUGUUGCGUGAGAGCAGUGCAACCACAAAAUUAAGGGCCGUAUUUAACGCUAGUUCUUCUACCACCAGCACUAAUAUUAGUCUAAACAGUAUUCAGAUGGUAGGUCCAACGGUACAGGACGAUCUUCUGUCCAUUCUUCUGAGAUUUAGGCAACACAAGUUCGUCAUUUUAGCUGACGUGGAGAAAAUGUAUCGGCAGAUACUUGUGCAUCCUGACGAUAGGUACUUACAGCGUAUAAUAUGGCGUGACAACCCUAACCAACCACUUAAGGCAUUUGAAUUAAAUACUGUAACGUAUGGUACAGCAAGUGCGCCUUUUCUUGCUACCAGAUGCCUUAAGCAGCUAGGACUUGAAUGUAAGGACAAUCAGAUCGCUGAAAUCAUCCUUCAUGAUUUUUACGUCGAUGAUCUGUUGAGUGGCGGGGAUGAUUUGAACGUAGUGCGGAACAUUCGUAGUGAAGUAACGGCUACCCUCGCCUCUGCUCGCUUGCCACUGAGAAAGUGGAAGUCUAAUGAGCCUCAGUUAGUUUCAGAGUCCACUGAGUCCACGCAUGAUUUAAAUGUAGGCGGUAAUGAGCCAAGCAAAACAUUAGGUUUAGGAUGGCAACCUGAAUCUGAUGAGUUGCAUUUUCCGAUCGGUACUUCGAUCGCAGUGAAGGGAAACUCAAAACGUGAUAUCCUUUCUGUUAUUUCCCAGAUAUUCGAUCCAUUAGGGCUGGUCUCUCCGGUUGUUAUUAAAUUAAAAAUAAUACUGCAAAGCUUGUGGUUACAAAAUUUAUCGUGGGAUGAUCCAUUGACGCCGGAGAUUCAAGAAGCUUGGUGCGAAGCAAUUAAAAACCUGCAUGUUUUGAAUAAUCUACGUGUACCACGCCGCGUGUUAAUAGAUUCGUUCAUGCGAUUAGAAUUUCACGUAUUUUCCGACGCUUCGGAAAGGGCUUACGGUGCGUGUCUUUACGUCCGUAGCAUUGAUAGUAGUGGCAGAAUCUUAGUGCGAUUAUUACUUGCUAAGAGUAGGGUGGCACCCAUUAAAGCCACAACUAUCCCUAGGCUUGAGCUUUGCGGGGCUCAGGUUGCAGCUAAGCUGUAUGAAAAGGUUAUCAGCUCGCUAAGAGUCAAAGCAGCGUGUACCGUUUUUUGGACCGACUCCACUAUUGUAUUGGGUUGGCUUAAGAUGUUGCCAAGUAAGUUACACACAUUUGUUCGUAAUCGCGUCGGAGAUAUUUUAGAAAAGACCGGUGAUUGCGUAUGGCGACACGUUCCUACUGAGGAAAACCCAGCGGAUUAUGUGUCACGUGGUGUUAGUGUUGACACUAUUCAGUCUCUCGAUAUGUGGUGGUCAGGACCAACUUUUUUGAAGGAGCCUAAUAGCUAUUGGCCUUCUACGUCAGUACGUUCCGAUUCGCUACCCGAAACGCGUACUGAAUUGUCAUGUUUAGUUAAGACGGAAAAUCCAUCUGAAUUUAUUGAAUUUGAUCGUUUUUCUAAUUUCAAUAGGCUUAGACGUGCAGUAGCGUAUAUGCUACGUUUUGUUGAAGCAUGUAGAGGACGACGCGCUACAACCAAUUUUCUCACUGAAACUGAAUUAAAUAAUUCAUUAAACGUCAUUAUUCGCACAUCUCAGAAGGAAUCCUUUACCGAGUAUGAUCUUUUAUUGAAUAAGAAAAACUUGCCUGCGAAGAGUGCUUUAUUAAAAUUCAACGUGUUUUUAGAUGAGAAUAAUUUAAUGCGAGUUGGCGGUCGUAUCAGAAACUCAGAUUUUUCGUAUGAUAAAAAACAUCCUUUAAUUUUACAGUCCACUCAUCGAUUUACUCAGUUAUUAUUUAAAUACGAACAUACGAAGCUCAUGCACGCUGGGCCACAAUUAUUGUUGGCAUCGAUCAGAGAGGUUUACUGGCCAAUCGGUGGCCGUAAUUUAGCCAAAUCUACUUAUCGUCGUUGCAUUAGAUGCACGCGAAUGAAAGGAAGUGUUGUAGCUCCUAUUAUGGGUGACUUACCGCGACGGCGUCUUAUUCCCGGUGGUUACCCCUUUGAAACCGUUGGCGUUGACUAUGCGGGCCCUAUAUCUUCCGCAAGUCGUCAAGGACGUGGUUGUCGUAUUGUGAAGGUGUACAUCGCCAUUUUUAUAUGUUUUACUACAAAGGCCAUUCAUUUGGAAUUGGUGGGAGACUUGACAAGUAAUAGCUACAUUCUAACUCUCCGCCGACUAGUGGCUCGUCGAGGAAAACCACGCCAUCUGUAUUCUGAUAACGGAAGUUCAUUUGUUGGAGCGUACAACAGUCUAUCUAAGUUUUUGCAACAAAAUUCUGACUCACUGUCCAGUGAGCUUUCAAAUGAAGGAAUAAAUUUCCACUUUAUUCCGGGGUAUUCUCCACAUUUUGGCGGUAUUUGGGAGGCGGGGGUGAAAUCCACAAAAUUUCAUUUAUUGCGGGUGCUAGGCAAUUGUCAUUUAACUUUCGAAGAAUUGUAUACGACUUUAACACAAAUUGAGGCAAUUUUAAAUUCGCGACCACUCACUCCUUUGUCUUCGCAUCCAGAAGAUUUGACCCCACUGACCCCCGGCCAUUUUUUAAUUGGACGUCCACUCACAGCGAUUCCGACUGAAGAUUACCAAGACGGCAAAGCGGACACACAUCUUACGAGAUACCAACGGAUUGAGCAACUCCGGCAGCAUUUCUGGGCACGAUGGAGCAAGGAGUACGUUUCGGAACUGCAGAAACGUACAAAAUGGCAGACACCAUACCACUCAUUGGAACUCAAUUCGUUGGUCCUUCUGAAGGAGGAAAACCUGCCUCCGUUAAAGUGGAAACUGGGACGAAUUGUGGCACUUUUUCCCGGCCCAGAUCAAGUCGCACGAGUGGCUGACGUGAAAACCGCCAGUGGGAUCGUAAGAAGAUCGUUUACUCGGAUUUGUCCGUUACCAAUUAGUGAUGUAAAUUAAAGUGGUUGACGGCGCAGCCCUCAACGCCCGGGGGCAUGUUCAAGAUAGCGCCUGACAAAAGUGCGGAGCAAAUGAACAACUCUUUAUUUUAACUAUGUUUUGUUUUUUUUUCUUGUUGUCAUAAGAAACUGAGCUGUCAGUACUGUAAUUCUUUUCUGUGCUUUAAAAAAUAAUUAAAUUCAGUCCUGUGAAUUCGAAACCAAGUUGUUUUAAUAUUUUGAGCCACGAAGUGU